GCCGUGCGUCACGUGGGCCUCUCCCGCCGCCGCCGCCGCUGCCGCCGCGGUCUUUCUCUGUCUCAGCUGAGGCAGCCAUCUUGCUCUUGCCGCGUGCUGGUGUUGGAGGACCCUCCCCGCUGCAGAUUUACCAACAGCAUGAAUCAAGAAAAGUUAGCCAAGCUUCAAGCUCAGGUCCGGAUAGGGGGCAAGGGGACAGCUCGCAGGAAGAAGAAGGUGGUGCAUAGGACAGCUACUGCUGAUGACAAAAAGCUUCAGAGUUCACUAAAGAAACUGGCUGUGAACAAUAUAGCUGGUAUUGAAGAGGUGAACAUGAUUAAAGACGAUGGAACAGUUAUUCAUUUCAACAAUCCCAAAGUCCAAGCUUCCCUCUCCGCUAACACCUUUGCAAUUACUGGUCAUGCAGAAGCCAAACCAAUCACAGAAAUGCUUCCUGGAAUACUAAGUCAGCUUGGUGCUGACAGCUUAACGAGCCUUAGAAAGUUAGCUGAACAGUUCCCACGACAAGUAUUGGAUAGUAAAGCACCCAAACCAGAAGACAUUGAUGAAGAGGAUGAUGAUGUUCCAGAUCUUGUAGAAAAUUUUGAUGAAGCAUCAAAAAAUGAAGCUAACUAAAAUCUUCUGGGUUUUGGAAGCUGGCAUGGACUAGAUUUAACAAUCAGCUCUGUUGUUCCAAAGUUUUACAGACAUGGAGAACAUCACCUGUUAUUAGUUCCGUAAUAUAAAUAUUUUGUAUAUUAAUGAUGCUGUUUUAUCAGCAUUUCUUGGUCAUUGGAUUUUGCAUUUUGCACUUCUUCCCAGGAUCGAUUCUUUUGGUCAAAAUAUGAAGUAUUGGUACAGGUUGAGGGUGGUUUUUGUUUUUUGGGGGGGACUUUUGGUGUGUAUGUAUAUGUAUGUGUGUGGGUAUGUGUGUACACAGUGGACAGCAGAUUGGAUAACAGUUAUAUCUAUCGUAUCCCUUCCCCCAAUAGAAAUAAAGCAAAUCUUUACAUUUGUUACUUUUUUUUCUCUAACAAACGCUGCACAUAAUUGAUGAAAAGUGAGUGUCUCUGAUUUCAGAGCCGAGGAGAUUCCUUCUGUUAGAAGUUUGGUGUUAAUUUGUUGAAUUAACUUCAAUAUUUUUAUACACUUCAAUGGGUUGAAAAUGUCCUGAGAUAUUUUGGCACUAGAUUGCUCCAGAGUCACAAGUCAGGCACCUUUGGUGUGGCUACCUUAGACCCACUUCCUAGUCAGACCCAUAAAAUGUCCUUUUUUUAACUUUCUUCCUGGUGCCCUGCCUCCCCGCAUAUUAGUCUUCAAAUGGACUGGUCAGCCUUUGAUACUACUCUUCUCUUCUGCCUAGCUUGAGACAGAAGUUCUCCAUAUAGAGAGUGCCUAGUUCCUCUUUGUUCCUCACCUCGAGGAGCAUCUUCAAUGUUUUAUUUCCCUAAACAUUUACGGUUGAUAGAGUUCAAACUGGAAUAGCUAGCAUGUGCUUGCUAAAUAACUUUAUACUCAGCUUAUCCUGUUUCCUAGUUCUUGGUAUCAGGUGCAGGGGUGCCACUUUUUCAACAAGGUUGAACCUGGGAAUGUCCUUUUGAAUGAAAAGAACACGUAGGCCAUAUUAUCUCCUAGCAUAUAUAGGCAUUCUCUGAAACGGUACUGGCCUCGGAGAAUUUCUUCAGGUACUUUCCUAUUCUUGGCCUUGAACUUACCUCUGAGUAGAUCUAAUUGAUUACAGCUGCUCUUAACACCCUCCUGCAUGCUGAGACGAAUGCCCCAGGGAACAGUGGUAAGACAGUAUUAUUUGCUUACCUUCUGACAGAGAACGUGGAGGUAAGUUAUAUUCAUUUGCUCAGGCUUUCCUCUUGCUGUUUGGAUAAAAGCUUGUGUUUUGACAUAUCAGCAUAUUAUAGCCAAUAUCUUAGGAUAAGGUUUAAAGAAUCUGUUGUUUUCUGGCCCAUCACCAUACUAACUGCAGCUUAACCUUCAGCAUGUCAACUUUUGUUUCAAGCUGGAUAUCUUUCCUUGAUACUUAGGAUGCAAGACCAACAGCAUAUUGACAGAUCUGUAGACAUGAAGGCAAAUCUCUUGUGUUUCUUUUCAUCCAAACAUUUUCAAUUUAUUUUAUAAAUUUAUUGAUUUUUUUUCCCUGUUAUGUUUUAUAUAAUAUAUGGACGUAACAAAAUAAAUAACAGUAAUAAAAUAACAGUACAAAAGAGGAGACUAUUUCCUCUAGUGCUUCUGUUAA